UUACAUGGCGAGGAUCCAAAUCUCCUGUAGAUGACGCUGGCUUCCGUCGAUAUAUGUAUUUUCUCUCUCGAAUCCUGCACUUUAAAAACCAACAGGUAAUUCGUGCCGUCCAUCCUGGGGCAAAAAAGAUCCUGGCCGUCCACUACUGCACCUCACAGCCUCGUCUCCACCACCCACUUCAAUCUCUCUACACCGAUGCCCUUAAUCUCCUCUCUUCGUCGCCAUCACCGGAAGCAAUCAAAUCCCUUCACGCUCUCUCUAUCACCUACGGCCCCGCUGCUCCGAUCUCCGUUCACCAUUCCCUCAUCACUGCUUACGCGAUUGAAGAUGACAUCGUAUCCGCCCGACGAGUGUUUGACCAAAUGCUUCAAAGAAACUCCGUCUCCUACAAUUCAAUCAUCUCCGCCCUUUGCCGCAGCGGCGAAGCCGACAAGGCAUUGGCAAUGCUCUCCAGGAUGAGGGCCGGCGGAUUUAGUCCCUCCCGCUUUACAUUUGCUCCCAUCCUCUCGUCUUCUUCGUCACACCUCCAACUUUCCCAAGCCAUCCAACUCCACACUUUGAUCCUCAAGUCCGGACUUCUUCACCCCGACUUCUUAUCCACUACAGCGUUGUUAAAUGUUCUUGGGAGAAACGGGAAACUAGAUAGCGCAGUAAAGCUGUUUAAUGAAAUGCCUGAACCAACCGUCCUAACAUGGAACUGCAUAAUCAUUGCAUUCUCUCGCCAAGGCCUCGACUUGGAUUCCAUGUGUUGGUUUAGAGAACUCAUGAGAGCUGGAAUUGGGCUUACAGAUUGUUCCUUCCUUAGCAUUCUCAAAGCUUUCCGCUCACAUAAGAGCUCUGAACUUGCAGAACAGAUUCAUGGCUUAACCAUAAAAACUUUCUUUGGUUCAUCCAUGCUUGUCUCCAAUGCUUUACUGAAUGCAUACUGCAACUGCUUUCCAUUGAUUGUAGUGGAUAAUUUCUUCUCUUUGCUGCCUGCCAAGGAUUUGAUUACCUGGAACACAUUUAUAACCGCCAAGGCAAACAGCGACAGACCUGAUAGAAUCAUGGAGCUCUUUUUCUCAUUGUCCUCGGAAGGUUUUUCACCUAAUGAGAUCACUUUCACUGGCAUGCUUUGCGCAUUCACUAAAACUGGCUCAGGAAAGCAUGGAGAGCUCAUUCAUGCCAAAUCCAUCAAACACAAUCUGAACUCUGGUGCUUAUGUGGGAACCUCAUUGGUCGAGUUCUACGCGAAACACCACAGAUUAGACGAUGCAUUUAUGGCUUUCACAGACAUAUCCGACAAAAAUGUUGUUUCUUGGAAUGCUCUAAUAUCAGGAUACACAAAUGAAGACCCCUUCGCUUCCUGUCUUCUCCUUGUUAAAGAAAUGUUGGCCACAGAGCUUCGACCGAACGAGUCUACCUUCUCCUCCGCACUCAAAUCAGCCUCAGUUUCAGAUCUUGCACAGAUCCAUUCUUUCAUAAUAAGAGCAGGCUACGAAAAUGAUGACUACGUAUCCAGUUCGGUAAUCUCUUCCUAUGCUUCUCAUGGACAUUUUUCUGACGCGCUGGCAUGUGCGGCUUCAUUGACGCCAUUUCAUGUGGCUUCGUUGAACACAAUUGCUUGCAUUUAUAACAGAAGAAAUCAAUUCGAAGAGGCAAAAGAUCUCAUUUUGCAGCAGAAAUUUCCUGAUAACAUUUCAUGCAACAUUCUUCUAACUUCACAUGCAUACAAUCGAAAUUACUCAGAGGCUUUCCAGUUUUUCAGAAAAAAGCAAGCAUCCGGCUUUGUCAUCGAUAACUAUACGGUCGUGAGCCUCGUUACCAUUUGUUCUAGAAUCAGCGCCAUCGAUCUGGGUCGCAGCCUCCAUGGCCUGAUCUUCAAAGUGGACGCGGGGAGCGGCGAGGUAUUCGUUCAGAACGUGCUGCUUGACAUGUAUGCUAAAUGUGGCUGCCUUGAGAGCUCUGUAGCUGUGUUUGACGAAAUGCUGGACCGAAAUCUCGUGUCCUGGACAGCUCUGGUUUCAGGGCUGGGACUUCAUGGGCGUACAAUUGAAGCACUGGAGAAGUUUCGGCUGAUGGAAGAAGAAGGGUUUGUGCCGGACAGUGUGGCAUUCAUCUCAAUCCUUUCGGCUUGCAGACAUGGUGGGUUUGUGGAAGAAGGGAUGACAAUCUUUAAUCGGAUGAGAUGGGUUUAUGAAGUCGAGCCAGAGAUGGAUCACUAUGUAGGUGUGGUGGAUCUGCUGUGCAGCUUUGGUCGGAUAAAAGAGGCGGAGGUUGUGAUCAGUGGAAUGCCAUUGAAGCCCAACGAGAUCAUUUGGCGUGUAUUUCUCCAUGGAUGUAAGAAAUAUUGCUUUGCUUCAUUAUGAA